AUGGAGCAUAUGUUAGGCGACGGAUUGCGCAUAGGACUCCAAUCAAAGACACAUUUCAGUGCAGAAUUAAACACCGGAUACGCAAGAUUACGAGGUUAUAAAAGCAAAAAUAACAUUGUAGCGGUGUCUGGUCGACUACCAGGACGUUGUAUGCCAGGCGAUUUCGAUUGUGGAUUCGGUCGCUGCGUACCCAUCACGGUGUUUCACGACGGCAAACCUGACUGCCAUGACGGCAGCGACGAAUGGUGUUUUUUUGGUCAAGUCAAAUGCGGAGCCUACUGCAUCGACAUGUCGCAAGCGCUCGGCUGCAUAUUUUCACCAAAAUGUGAUGACUCAAGCCGUCAGCCGCAGUGGUGUGCGGUUUCGAAAGAGAAACUUUGUGGAAAUCCGGGUUCGUUCCCCUGCAAAGGAUAUGGCGAAUGUGUGUUGUGGCAAUGGCUGCUCGAUGGUACGAAGCACUGCAUCGACGGAAGUGACGAGGAUCAGAAUUAUGUCAGGACAUUGGAGGGAUCCUAUCGAUGCUAUUACAAUAGGACGAAAGUAGUUACAAUGCCCCCACCUUUGAACUAUUCUGAAGCAUUUUUAAAAAACGUCAAUCCUUCCCUACCUGGUCGUCCACCUCAGUUUCCAACAUUAUUCCCAACUGUGCCGUCACAUACCGUUGCUCCCUCCUUCACCACUCAGCCUCCGCCUAUCAAUCCUUCACCUCCCGUUCACCUUUCACGAAUUACUGGUCUACCACCACUGCCUCCGCCUUACCCCACACUGCUCCCACAAUCUACACCGUUCAAUCCCAAUCCCGUAUCCUUGACUCAGACAAAAUCACCGGUAGCAUCUGAAACAGGAAACACAAUUGUGCCUGGUUAUACUAUAACCCCAAGUGACCCGUUCGGAUCUCCAGAUGUCAUCUUGCCUACCUCCAUUAGCCCCAAUGAUCUGCUUGAAUCUAAUUCAUUUAUGCCUAAUCAGGGAUCGCAACAAAUAUCUUCAGCUACUUCACUGCCUGCAUUGUCGACACCGUUAAACAUAGCAGGGUCUUCCUUCACAAGAAGACGGGGUUUGGUCGGUCACAUCAGAGGUCGCGCUACGACUACUAUGAUGCCUGGAAAAGUUGUGACACACAUCAGUGUCACUGUUGUGGACACCAAAGAGGCUAGCAGACCAAGCGGGCGACAACCGGGUGAAGUCCGCGGUCACAUUCCUGCAGGUAACCCUGAGGGGUCGACCAAAGUUGAUAAGAUAGAAAACCGUGGAGGUCAGCCAUCCAUUACUCAUAUAGACCUCACCUCCAACGGAGAUGGACCCAUUGUUAUUACUCAGACAUCCACGUCACAUCCAAAAACGUCAUUAGCUACUUUUACCGACUCAUCUAAUGCUUGGGAUGCUGUUGCCGGUGCUACAGAAACAGCUCCGAAGAGUUCAUUGACUGCUCCGCCACAUCCAGCUUCAGUGGUAAUUCCUGUACAAACAGCCGGAAGAACUGGCGGCAAAGAAGCUGAAGCUGUAGAAACAUCGGACAUCACUUCAAUAAGUGAGCUUGGAGCGAGGGAUAGGUGUCUGCAUGAGCUUGUUGCUAAUGCUAAGGACAAAUACUCUAAUUACGAAUGUCAAUGUGCAGUAGGUGAGAUGGAAGUCAAUGGAGUUUGUGAAGGUCAUGAGAGAGAUUUGACUUUCUUCAAGUUAGAUAUUCAUUCUGUCUGUGGAAAAGAAGAUCUGACAGAUGAACAGAAGAAAUGGGUAGCAAUUGGCAAGCUAGCAGAGUCUCUAGAUCUUGAAGCAUGUUUGAGAAUGACUGCGAACGGGGAUGCUAUUGUGAAUUCAAUCUGUGGAGCUGACUGUGACCUUGACAACAUUCGCAGAAUCAUGAAAGAACAGCCUGAUGAUCCUAGAAGAGUGACUAUUGAAGAAGCUCCGUUAUGUGAGGAUAGCUCAUCAAACUACUGCCAUGAAAAUGCGAUUUGCUUAGUAGAUGAUGUUCGGUUAAAAUGUCGCUGUCGCAGUGGCACAAACGAUACAUCCGAUGGACUUGGAAGAGAAUGUGUGGGAAUCCCGACGGAUAACGACUGUAUAAUGAUACUAGGCGCAUGUCUCAUUUUUUGGUUGAUUAUACUUCUCGGCAUCUUGUUGCUUAUCCCACUAUUGAUAUUUCUACUAUCACACUGCUGUCCCGGUAAUAGAAGGAACAUUCAUCCAGCCGAGCAUGAGCAUACUUCGGAGCACCAUCGUCACCACAAACACACCAAGAAAGCAAAGGGUGAAGGCGACUAUAAACAUAUUGCUGCCAUUAUGUCAUCAGCUAGUGCACCAGGCGCAAAAAUAACAAAAGAAGUGGCAAUGAAUCUGGCUCUUUCUGACCUUUACAAGAACGACCAUGUGGCUGUAGGAAAUAAGAACAACGUGGCUACAAUCGAAGAUGCUCAUGCGGAAACUUUAAACACAGUCAUCAAUCAGCCAAAUAAUAUUCCGCAGACAGGGAAUACUGUUAAUGGAGCAGCAUUAGUAAUGAACGAGAUCCCGUCCAUCCCUGGCACAGUGCCAGUUCCCUACGGAGAGACCCCGAUUCUCGAUCAGGUAACACAGCCUCCUCUACCACAACAGCCUCCGGUUGAGGGACCUGCUGUCCUACCUCAGCGAAAUCCACUGGCGCAUAGGACAGCAUCACAACAGUCCUUUUCGAUACCUGAAGCACAGAAGCCACCCGUUCCGCCGUCAGCCUUGAGUGCUCCAGCAGUGGGCAGUGUUGUCUCCUUUCCAAGAGAGAUUUCCACGCCACGGCCUGUCGAUCCCCCUGUUGUUACACCUUAUGCGACACCACCGCAUGGAACACCACCACAUGUCACACCUCCUCCUGUAGCCUCUCUUCCUCCUCCCUCAACUGGAACCCCUCCUCAGACAGUUGCUGGAACUGUACCAACUCUACCUCCUCCAGCUCCCCCACCACCAUCUUUUCCCGUCGCUGUUGAAGUGCAUCGCAACAAUGACCCAAAUGAGAAGAAACUCUCUCGAACUAUCUCCACUCAUUCCAUAGGUGUUCAGCCAACUAUAUGGGAAUCGUAUAAAGCUCUAGGGGACGUUUAUUCUAAGCAGGAUAAUUUAGAUCGCCAAGGUAGUUCUAGCUCACUAGACACUUUAAUUUAUAGUCGAUAUCCACAUAUGACCGCAACGCUAUUUGCUCCAAAGCCUGCUUCCUCAGGAGAUAAAAGAAAACCCGAAAAGUCGCAACCACCAGCAGCUCUCACGACUCAGCCUUUGCUACCAUCAUCAGCAGCUCUCGCCACUGAGCCUAUCUUUGCACCAGCCAAGAUGGAUGGAGAGAAAUCCAGUACCGAGGAUGACGUACAAGUUCGUAGUGCCGUAUCUCCGAGAAAAGACAGAAGUGACCAAGCAGCUAGGCUUGCCGCAAUGUUGGGAGUAACUAUAGACAACUCUUCAAUUUCGUCAUCAUCACUGCCGGAGAGGCCACCAGCACUAGCAUUGCCACAAUCAGACGAACAGAUUGUGGAAGAGAUGUCGAAAGAAGGCGUUGAGCUUCCCAUACCACCAAAAGAAGAACCAGAACUGUCCCUUGAUGAAAGGAUCAUACAAACUACCCCUGAUAUCACGCUACCAUCGCAUGUCGAGUCAAAAGAAGCGGACAUCGACUUAGCCCCUGUCCCUAUUUUGCCAGCCCUUCCCGCUGUCCCCAACGUUGAAAUAACCGAGUCUGAUGAUUCUGCGCGGCCUAUAACGUCAAAAAAUGGAAGAACACUUGCUACAUCGGUGAAGCCUACCAAUGGUGUCUUCGUUCCUAAGAAAGCGCGUGAACAAAAAGGAAAAGAUCAAAUGAAGAAGGCACCAACCGUACCAGGAGCAGACUUGUCGAGACCCGCUGGCUCACGAGAACUUUUGAAGCCUCCAGAUCGAACUCAUAGCUCUGCAGAUGAUAGUGAUCCGGAGGUGGCAACGUUCAAGCGUCUUGCGAGGAAUGGUCGUUCCAAGGGUGCGACUCCACUUGCGAGAAGAAGACCGCGUAGACCAGAACGUCAGCUUUCAAGCAUUUCAGAGAAAAGCGCUGAGAUAGCUGCGGAAGCUGCUCUACAACAUCAACCGCAAGAUUACUCCAUUUCUGCUCCUAACACAACUCGUUCUCUUACGGAAUGGCAGCGUUACAUACCAAAACAUACCUUACAGAACACGAGUGGCUCCGAUAGUCAAACGGACAUUGAUAGGCCUACGAAAAAAGACUUUGAUAAAUCUCGAAUAGGAGAAAAGCGCAUCUCGCCUUCGGGCUCCAAAACACUGGAGAAGCAGAAGAGGCGGCGAGCGGAAGCCGAUUUAUCUGCUAAAUCGCGAGAUUCAAUGUCGGAACCAUUAGCUCAUCGACGUUCUCGGCUUUCUCCCAUACCAUCUACGUCUAGUGCUCCAUUAGUGGAGUCCUACAGAAAGUCUGAAAAGGAACGUGGACUUGUUUCCUCUCCAGAUAUCCCUGAUGUCACUUUCAGAAGGUCACUGGAUCGGUUAGAUUUGUUGGAGGGCUCUCCUGAUUACACUAUAAACAGGGGCGCCUUCACUUCUAGGUCACAAGUUGGUUCAGGACGCAAGGUUCGCAGAGCAGGUAGGCAUAGCAGACAAACACCUGGUGUCCGCAGCAAGGAAACAGAGCAGAUUGCAAAAGACCUCUCCCAGACUUCAGAUGAGGGAGAAACGGCAGGAUUGAGCACGGUAAAUUCAGGCUUAAGGAAACUUCCGUCUAAGGGAAUUGAAACUCCUCACUCGUCAAAAGUGACUCAUCAUGCGUUGAUUAGCCGGAGAAUCGCUACACGUCGUCAGGAGACUCACAUCACGAAAUCAGCUGGUGACCUUACUUUAGAGCCACGCAGUAGUUCUUCAAUGAGUCACAGAGGGAAGACAUCACGCUCCGCUGACAACAUAAGCAGACGUCCACCAUGGAACUCAUCCCCUUACGUGCCUGAUGACAAGUAUAAAAUUUAUCGUGAACCAUUUCUUCCUGAAAUCAAAUCAACCUCGAGAUGUAGUUCUACAAUUGAGCUCUCGCCAUAUUUCUCACCAGGAGCUGAUUCUGACAAACCACCUAAGGAGGACUUGUGGUGGGGUCCGCCGCCGCGAUCUUUCAGGUAAUG